ACUCAAUCCUGCAUCAGAAAAAUCAUCAAGAAACGUACGUAAAUUAUCCACUUCGGCUUCCUCCAAUGUCAAGAGAUCAGAUAGCCAGGGAAGUCUCGAGUUCCUCCAAUCUCCUGUCUCACACAUGGGUCAGCGAAAAUGGCGGUUCGAGCGGAUCUUGCGCCGAGAAGAAGCUGAAACUGUUUGGGUUCGAGCUGAAUCCACCCAAGAACGACCCGAGAUGCUCGAAACUGGAGUCCCCCGAAGGCGAUGAAAGUGUCAACUCAUCGAACAUGGUCAAGGAGAAGAGCUCAGCCAGAACGGCAAGCGAUCAUCAUCAUCGGGCAGAUGAUGAUAGCCACGGCAAGAAGUUCGAGUGCCAGUAUUGUUUCAAGGAAUUCGCAAACUCGCAGGCGCUGGGGGGUCACCAGAACGCCCACAAGAAGGAGAGGUUGAAGAAGAAGAGGCUUCAGAUUCAGGCCAGGAAAGCCACCCUCCACCAAUACCUCCACCCUCUCCAAAACAACCUCCAUCUCUUCAAUUUCCAAGGCUCAACCAGCGCUAGUAGCACUGGCCCUUGGUUCUUCUACGACCCCUGUAACAACAGCUCCGACCAUCAGUUCACUCUCUAUGACGAAUCUCAGAUCAGCUUCAGCCCAGCUCUUGACCAAGAUGCUCGCUUUAGUGGGUUCGACUCUGAUGAUCAUCAUCAGGUGCUGAAGUAUUACCCUCCCAACAAUUCUUUCCAACAGGACUCGUGUAUGUUCGCUCUGACCCGUGAGAGAUCCGAAGGAAGCAACCACCUGCCCGUGGAUACAGCGGCGUCGGCAGGUUCGAAGCAGAUCAGCUGUAAAUCCUUGGAUCUUCAGCUAGGUCUUAGUCUCCAAUCGAACAUACCAGGUUGACCAUAGGGUCCUCUAGAAGUAGGGGUUUACAAAUGACAGAUGAAUAGUGAAUUGUGUAAGCUUAGAAAUCAUUGGGAAAAUG